UGUGAAUAGAGAAGGCAUACCGGUUGAGCAACUGAAGACGCGCCUGAGGGAGCAGGAGAUGGCUAAGAGGAAGGCAAGCCUAAGCAAACCACUUCCCUUCCAAUCACCAGAAGCACCGAGGACCGCAGCGCAGCCGCAACAGUCGCCAGGCACGAUAGCAGCCUCCUCAGUUACCUCGUCUUCAGCAUCCCGGAAGGACGGCUCUCCAGUGAAGGUACGUUAUAUACACGUCACUCUCAACUUUCGUCACUGUUCGUAUCUCACAGUCCUUAUCCAAUAUUUUGAACCUCGAGAAACUUGUACAAACCCCCCAUACGACUGAGCAAAUCGAGUUACUCUGGCGUGUAUAUCAUGGCUCACGCUCCGGCGGCACCGGUCGAGGCUACCUUUGUGCCACCAUUCCGGUCGAUACGUAUGAGAAGAUGGCAAGCGCCGCAGCCAAAUACCCAAGCUUUGUUAUACCUGUCCCACGCGACGCGUCACAAACAGCUGAAGGACAACGCGCGUACGAAGUCUACUUCAUGGAGUGGGCCUUCCACGGUUCACCGGCCGAACCCAUCGCCAACGCUGAGCUGUUCCAAGAGCCGCAAACCUCUACCAACCCGCAGAUAUCAACAGUCCUGUUCACCCCCUUGCAGGAGUACAAGCUUCGGAACUCGUUUGCGACACCAUACCUCGUUUUAACAUACCAUACUGACCUAGCACGGUCGCAUGGCGUUGUCCUGUUGCGGGGCGAGAUCACACCAUCAUCUGGCGCAGCUGUCGCAGCAAAUGGUGACAGUAGGUAUCUACUAAACCAGGAGGACGCACAGUUGCUCGCGAUGGGUAUGCAGAAGUUUUAUCUGUGGAAGGAUGAACACGCGGACGGUGCAAAACUACUGAAGGCUUUCCACGAAAACCCUGCCGAGUUUGAAUGGGAAGGCUUGCUCAAACACGCUGAUUUUUCGGCCUAGAGCUUAAUGGUAUGUCGUCUCUCGGUUGGUCGCUGCUAAUGCUAAGCGUGUUGCAUGGUCUCGAAGAUGUUUGGCUAGUUAGAUUUGUUGCGUUGUUUGAUUUGCGAGAUGUGAGUGCCUGCCCAAACCUUGACGCAGUCACGGCGUGGGCUGGCUUUCCUGUCCCUCAUGGUCAGCCUAUGGUGCAGAGCAGUGCCGCGUAGCGAUGACGCGAUUUAGCUUAACGGAACCAAAGUAACUACGCGCGUCGAACCUCGCGAACCUGCCUUUUCAGUCUUAUCUGCUUGUCGUGUC